AUGGCGGAUCCAGUGAAGCUCAUCGGAGGCUUCGGCAGCCCGUUCGUCCACCGGGCCGAGGUUGCCUUGCGUCUCAAAGGAGUGCCCUACGAGCUUAUCCUAGAGGACAUGACCAACAAGAGCGAGCUGUUGCUGAAGCACAAUCCCGUCCACAAGAAGGUCCCCGUGCUCCUCCAUGGCGACAAGGCUGUCUGCGAGUCUCUCCUCAAUGUCGAGUAUGUCGACGAGGCCUUCGACGGGCCACCCAUCAUACCCGCUUCUGGUCCAAAUUCUUUGUGGAAAAGUGCUUGAUGUCGCUGUGGCUAGCGCUGUGGACGGAGGGCGAGAAGUAGAAGGUCUUUAUUAUGGACGCAAAAGAGAACCUCGUGCUAGUGGAGGCACAACUCAAAGAGAAGAGGUUCUUUGGAGGCGCCACAAUUGGCCUUGCCGACAUCGCCGGUGCCAGCCUACUGUCUCGCUGGGCAAGCGUGAUGCAAGAGGUUGCCGGGGUGAGCGUGAUGACCAAUGAUGAGUAUCCUGCUAUCCACCGGUGGAUGGAGGACUACAACACCGACGAAGCUGUCAAAGAGUGCUUGCCGGACAGAAACCAUCUCAUCUCCUACUUCACCACGAUAAGGGGAAAGUGCGUCUCCGCGGCCAAGUCCAUGCUACCCAAUUAUCUAGCAAAGAAUUGUCUAAUCUGGUAGGUUUUGUCAUGCUUGUGGCUUGAAUCAACAUGAAGAUAAGUUAAAAAAUGAUAAGGGGGAGCUGCUGGCAAGUUAUUAAUCCAUGUCACUGUGCUUAGAGUUGAUUUGGUUGUAGUUUGUAGGGAGUCCCAAUUGCAAGUCCAACGUCGACUAGCAAACGGGCCAUAAUUGUAGUUGUCCUAGUUGCAAAUCAAUGUUCAACUCGCAACUAGGCCGCAGCUAUUUUUCUGUCCGCCUGGUUGCAACUUUAACCCCCAACUCGCCAACUUCGUCCCAGUUUGUUUUUGUUGUCCCAGUCGUAGCUCAACAAGGGGUGUGGGGUAAUGUUGUACAUGAUGUGUGUCUAAAAUGACACCUAGUUUGUCAAAAUGAAGAUAACAUGUUCUCUGAAUUUUCUUCACUAAACACAAGGUGGAGAGAGCCUUCAGUUAUAGAGGUUAUGAAACAGGUCCCUAUUAUGGUUUUGACACCGGGAGUUUUUCAGGGAGCUAGUUUUUAUGCAGUUACUUUUUAGCGUUUCCGUAACCUUU